CGUGUGGCGUAGACUUGACUUGCGCCGUUCUUGAAAACACGGAGGAUCCUUCACUCUCAGCGGUUUGUCGCCGUGUUCAGCUUACUCCACCAUGACUUAGACUACCGCUAAAAGAUGGAGGUGACAGCUGCACGCCGUUCGUUUCUUUGCGAUAUCGGUUUCUGGGCGGACCGGACCGCCCUGCAUGAGGCGGCGUCCCACGGCCGGGCUCUGCAGCUGAAGCAGCUGAUCGAGAGCGGAGCCUCGGUUAACAUGGUGACCGUGGACAACAUCACUCCCCUCCAUGAGGCCUGCAUACAGGCUCACCCCAACUGCGCCCGGCUGCUGCUGGAGGCUGGCGCUCAGGUGGAUGUGAGGACCAUCCACGGCAGCACUCCCCUCUGUAACGCCUGUGCCUCUGGUAGUCUGGAGUGUGCCAAGCUGCUGCUGGAGUACGGGGCCAAAGUUAACCCCUCCCUCACCGCGCUCACCGCCUCGCCGCUGCACGAGGCCUGCAUACGAGGUAACGUCGACAUAGUGAGGCUGUUGAUAGCCAGCGGCGCCCAGCUGGAGGCGUACGACGUUCACUUCGGCCCCCCGCUCCACAUUGCAUGUGCCAAGGAACACGUGGACUGUGCCAGGGAGCUGCUCCAUGCAGGUGCCAAUGUGAAUUCGGCAAAGUUCCACGAGACGGCUUUGCACCACGCAGCGCGAGUCGACACGGUGGACCUGACCGAGCUACUGGUGGAGUUCGGGGGCAACGUCCACGCCAGCGACAACCUGGGACGAAAACCCAGAGACUAUAGCACGCCCGGGUCCGCCUCCGAAACCUGCCUCAGGUUUUAUGAAAGUAUACCCCUGAGCCUGCAGCAGCUGUGCAGGAUCAGAGUGAGGAGGAUGCUGGGUACCCGAGCUCAGGAGGUCAUAGGUCAGCUGGACAUAUCGCAUCGCAUCCGCAGCUUCCUCCAGUACUCUGAGCGUCCCGCACCGCUGCAGACUGACACGUGAACAGAUCUCCAAAUGAACUCUAACACACUGUGAAGAGGGGCUGGGCAGCUGGUUUGACAUGUAACCACACUAAAGAAGAGCGUCUCCCGUUAGAGCUCCUCUAACAACAAUACAACCAGCUUGUUUGUCUCUUUAAUCCACAGCGGCGUAUCAGGGCCUUUAUGAGGGGAAAAAAUUAAAAAUACAGAGUUUGGGGAGGUGGGGGGUAAUAGUCUGAGAAAAACAAUCAGAAUUUCAGAGAUUAAAGUUUAAAUUUACAAGA